UAACAUAAACCGGAAGUUGAGUUGAUGAGAGCGAUCACUUCCGGGGCAAAAAAAAAAAAGAAACCAAUGGCGCGAAGGCAGUGAGUUUAAAAAGGAGACGAAUUGCUUUUCGUAUCCAAAACAUUCUUGCUUCCUGAGGACAUUGCUCUUAAAAAGGAUACAAUGGCUCACAUGAUCACAGAGCGUGAACUUGAAGGCUUGAGAAUGUCUCAUCUGGGCUUCAAAGCAGAUAAAGACCUGAAGACUCCGGCCAAGGCUCUAAGAACUCCUCUGGCUCCCGGGCGCAAGGCCUUUAGUGCUUUCAAUUCUCGCCUUGCCACUCCUGUCGUCAAAGCGCAAGAGAAGAAACCCAUCAAGAUUCAGGAAGCCAAAGUGGAGCCUCUUCCUCUCAUGGAAGAAGAGUGUCCGGAAAUUGAGAGGUUCAUUCCCUAUGAUCCCCUGGAGUUUGAGAAAUACGACAUGCUAGAAGACGUGGUUCCCCUCGGUGAUCUCGUCCUGGCUGGCGUGAUGCUGCCAAAUUCUCCUUAUCGCCCUGAGGAAGACCGGGAUGACGACAUGGCGCCAGAACCCAUGUCGCCUAUGAGAAUGUCACAAUGCUCAGAGCUGGAUGCUUUCUUGCAGACACUGGAGGAGCUGACUGUUGAGCUUCCAGAGUUUGAAGACUAGAUUUGUUUUUAUAUCAUCCUGUUCAUGUUCGUUUAUUGGAAUAAACCUGUUAUUGUUUGAAGCACACUUAUUUGCAUUGUACUGACACUCGUUCAAUAAACUAUUAGCACCAA